UUGAUAUUUCCUGAAUUUUUAGAAAUCUUGAAACGAAUUUUCCAGGUUCUUAAAGUGCAAAAUGAGCAACCAGUGGAACGUUCACUGCACACGAAUGGAGGUAUUCUGCUGCCCGGUUUCGUAGACGGCCACUCACAUCCUGUGUUUGCCGGCGAUCGAGUGCAUGAAUUCGCCAUGAAACUAGCUGGAGCUACUUAUAUGGAGGUCCAAGCCGCUGGUGGAGGAAUUCACUUUACCACCGCAAAAACUCGUGAGGCCACUGAGGAGAGUUUGGUGAAAGAUUUCAAGGAGAUAGCUCAUGUGAUGCUCCGAAAUGGGACCACAACAUUGGAGGCAAAAAGUGGUUAUGGGUUGAAUACCGAGAGCGAGUUAAAGAUGUUGCGGGUGCUAGAUCGUGUCAACGACGAGACUCCCUUGGAAAUCUCGGCCACAUUCUGUGGCGGGCAUGCUGUGCCAAAGGGUUCAACAGAAGAGAGCCAUGUGAAACUGAUAUGUGACGAGAUGCUGCCAGCCAUAGAGAGGGCGAGAAAUCAAGGUGAUCUGAAAAAUCUCGAGAACAUCGACGUCUUCUGCGAGAAAAACGUCAUCGAAGUAGAAAACACACGGAAGAUCCUAGAAGCCGGUAAGAAAUUGGGAUUGGAAGCAAAUUUCCAUGCUGAAGAGCUGUCACGUAUCGGCGGUGCUGAAAUGGGAGCCGAGAUCGGGGUAUGUGACUAA